AAAAAAAAAAAAAGGUUCUGAAUCAACUAGUGGAAUGAAAUUUAGAAAUCCUCUUUGGAUUGCUCGAACAAUUCAGAAGUCUGGUCUCAUCAUCUGAACUAACAUAAUUUCAAUGUUUCAUCAGGCUUUUGACAUGGAUCAAAGAAGCAACCAACCAUUAACAAAAAAACUCAUGUCGAGAAACCUUCAUAUUAUCCUACGUGUCAUGACUAUCAUCGAGAAUAACUUUUAGAUCCCCUUUUGUCUCCUAACUCUUAAUUUCUUCGAAAGAGUUUAUCAUUGUUCUCGUAGUCACCGAUGGAGAUAUUUAGAAAGGCAGCGAUUGUACGUCUCCGUAGCCACAACGACAAAUACCUAGGCGCCGAUGAAGAUCAAGAAUCCGUUCACCAAGAUCGUCGCGGUACAACUAAAAACACCAGAUGGACGGUUGAGAUCGUACCUGGAUCCAAUGUGAUCCGUCUCCAAAGUUGUUACGGCAAAUACCUUACCGCCACUAAUAUUCAUUUCCUCCUUGGAGCCACCGGUAAAAAGGUACUUCAAACUCUACCGGGAAAGUUGGAUUCAUCUGCGGAAUGGGAGCCGAUAUCAGACGAUGGUAUACACGUACGGUUCAAGAGUCGGUACGGACAAUAUCUAAGGGCGAACAAGGGAGUACCACCGUGGAGAAACUCUAUCACACACGAUAUUCCUAGUCGUACGGUCACACAAGAUUGGAUCAUGUGGAGUGUUGAUGUUCUCCAGAUUCGAGUUACCAAAGAUGAUGCAGGAUCUACCCAUAGUUCUUCCACUUUUUCACGGAUUGAGUCAGAUGAUUCAUUUACUGUGAGUUUGCCACUGAAAUCCGAAGGAAGACUAAUAAAUUACGAGAUCGGAGAUGAUUGUGGGAACAUAAAUAAGGAAAUGGGAGAAAAAUCAUUGAUAUUCCAUGGAAGCGAGUUGAUAGAACUAAAGAAGAGACUUGAGGAAGAAACAGAGAUGGAAGAAGUUAUGAUCUGCUGUAGAAAUCCUCUGAAUGAAAAGCUUUGUCCUCUUCAAUUGCAUCUUCCUCCAAACAACGCAACUAUGCAUAUCAUCGUCUUCCCUUCUUCUUUCGAGAUUGACAAUUGACAGUACAAUUGUAUAUCAAUUACAAGUUUACAACCAACUUGGGAAGAAAAAAAAAGAUUAUUUUGUUAUUUCUUUACGAAGAAAGAUAUCAUUGUGAAGCUAAUGUCUUCUUCAUAUUCCAAUAUUGUAUGAUAGCAGUUGAUAAGUACCUGUAUAGUUGAUUGAUAUGUAUUCGUUUAACCUUUUCUUUUAAACAUCUUUUUUUUUUAAAGAAAAUUUAUACCAUUUCUUGAUUUAUGCAUGUCAUCUUUGCGCAAGGGCCAUGCUAAUCUUCUUUGUAUUGUUCCAAUUUUAUCACAUGUCCCCGAAGAAGAAAAGAAAAUAUGUUACCUAAAAUCAAAUUCAAAUCCAAAUCGCACCUAACGAACUAGUUGGUAGUAGAAUCUUAUAAUCUUGUUUAAAACUACAAAAAUAAAGUCAGACAACCUGAAAAUGACACCUAAUAUGUUUUUGGUUGGAACCU